GAAAUAGCAAAAAGAUGAUGGCAACCCUACUUCACGUCAUAGUUCAUGUUUGAAAUAAAUUUUGAAUUCGGCAUCAGACGAAAUGUGUAUAGCCCGUGGUAUAGCCUCGUUGUAUGUUACAUGCAUGUAGUCUCCUUUGUUACAAUUUAACAUCAAGAUCAAUCACAAUAUGCCAAUGCUUAUGUACGUUGGAAAGAGGUACCACUCUAUUCUAAAGUUUCAAACUGCUUGCUGCUCGCUUCUCGCUUCCCGCUACUUUCGGUCUGAAUGAGCCCUAAGACCGUGCUCUAAGGGAACUUCUAAUAACGACACUUCUUAAGCUGGUUAUUAGCUAAUCAACGAACACCGUAGACAAUGUUGAAAAUUUGAAAUUAGUUUGUUCUAGGUGGUUUGUACGAUACACUUCCUUCCAAGUGCUUCCAAGCUUGAUGAGAGUGUAAUCAAAAUUUGGAAUCUUCCAGUAACUAAGGAUAGUCCAAAAGUGAUUGUUAACUUGAUGUACUGGAUAAAAUUUCUAUUGUCAGGAAUUACUUAUAUAAGGAGCUAUACAGCAAAAAUUUAUUGUAUAUUGCUGUUCCUCAUGUUGAUUCCUAUUCUCACAUGGCAUUUGCCGUUUCUAUUAGUACCAUGGAUGAUCCUGGAAGUGAUCAACAAAUUCUUAAUGCAGCCUCUUGUCAUUCUACUUGGUAUUUUAUUGUGUAUCAUCAAAAAGUGCUCAUUUAGGAAUUUAUUUGAAUUCCUCAUGCUCGAAUCAGUGCUCUGGAUAUUAUCUGUGCGUAAUUGGUUCUCUGUUAAAAAACUAUACAAUGGACUCAAGCAUUGUAAACAAAUUUUGACCCUCCGUGAAGCCCAAAAGAAUCUGGAUCAGAAUUACGAAGAAAGUAUACUGUUCUUGGAUCAAAGACGGAGCGUCACCAGCGUUUUGAAUAUUCAUGAAUUGACAUCACCUUUACCUUUCUUGAAAAAUCCAAAACUAACUGAGUCAUUGCCAACAUUGCUCACUACGGACAGUUACAAUUCUGAAGACAUUGAUAAGGCUUCAAGUAUUACUUCUCUUGAUAUCGAUCUUAGUCCUGCUCAAAAAUCCAUGAAGAUCCUUGGAAUCACCGGGGAAGACAUAAUGAAUGUGAAGAUUAACGUCAAUAGAAAAGUUUCCACAGCAUCCUCAGAAGUGAUAUCAGUAGGUAAUCAGAUCACUGUAGAAAAAGUACAAUGUUCGUGUACAGUGGAAACAUGUUCAGAUGACGAGGAAAAACAUAGUGAGAAUUCUGACAAAUUAAACAAAGAAAAAAUGACUUUGAGGAAUGAUUCUUUUUGUCAGGACUUUUUUGAUAAUGAUAAAUUUCCGAGUAAAUGGUCCUCAGAGGAAGAUCUCGAUGACCAGAAGGUUUUAAAAAAUUUUAUGGAAACAUAUACAAAUAUGAAAGAACAGGAGGAUUGUUCGACAUUUUAUCCUGCAGAUGAAAAAUUAUCUGAGGAAACUCUUCUUAAGGAGAAGCAGAGUAGUUUUGAAGAAGUGAAAGACACACUGUCUAACAAUAACAUCGCUGAACUUCUUACAGAGCCUGAACCAGCUAUUUCUGUUGCAUUAAACGAUGAUCGGAAUAAUUUGACAGAGUGUACAAAUUUGAAAAACAUAAUUCGUCAAUUAAGCAAUGAGAAUUGGGCAAUGAAAAUUGGACUUAGGAAUCAAUUGAGUUCGAGAUUCAAUGAACAAUGUUUAAUGUGGACUAAUGUUUUUUCAAAGAAAAAUAUUCAGUCCUGGCUUGAACAUCCUGUUAAAUGUCAAAUAGAACAUUUUAAUAAGUUACCUCAAAAUGGAUCAAAUAGUGUAAUGAAAUAUUCUAAAAAAUGUAAUUACUCACAGACCACUUGGAAACUUGAGAGUAUAUCGAGACAGGUUGGGACGAAUAGUAACAAAGAAAAAAAAGAUAUGAAUACUAAUGAAAUGGUCUCUUAUUCGAAAAAACAGAAUCAUCAAUCCAACGUUAUUUCGACAAAAACUCCAAAGCUGAAGAAUCAACAGGAAGUUAUUAAUGAGACGAUUUCUUGGGGUACAGUUACACUGGCUCAAAGUGCUCAUUCCUCAGGAUAUGAAAAGAUCAAAUCUAAACCACCAGUUUAUCCAAAAAAGGAUAAAAAGUCCUUUCAGAAUAUUAGUACUGAACCUACCAUAAAUUCAAUCAAUAGAAACGCCUCGAGAACCCAGGAUCGUAAUAAAAUACGCAAAAGAUCCAAGGAUCGAGAUUCUAUGAGAAGUUCAAAGUCUUCGAGGAUUAGCAGGAUAUCCGAAUCAUUAGAAGAACGAGAAGCUAGAGAAAUGAAAGCUCUCAGAGCUUACAAUGAAAAAACAUUAAUAAAAGAUAAGCUAGAAAUGGAGAGUAAAAAACGUGAUAUUUCUAUAAAGAAUGAUAGUGUAGUAAUCCGUGAAGAUUUAAAGGAUCCUUCGAAAUUUCCAAACAAAAAUAUUUUGAAAAAUUAUGAUCCUUUGAGAAACACAUAUUAUCCAAAGACUCAGGAUAUUUUUAUUAAAAAACUGAAUAUAUCUGAUAAGGAUGCUUUGAGUAUCCUUGAAUUUUUGGAUACGUAUAAUAUUACGCAAUUGAUACAAGAAUUGAAAAAGAUCAGGGACCUCGAUAUUCUAGAGCCAAGAGAAUCCAAUAUUUUAGAAAAAGAGAAAAUUAAGCGUUCUUCAUCCUGUAACAAUCUGGCUAAGGAUUUACAGGCGGACGUCCUCAAUAGGAUUACUACCUCUGAGAAUAUUAAUAAAAAUAUAAAAACUCCAACUUUUCAAGAGGUAAAAUGUAAGGAAAACAUAUCCAUAUCUGUAAUGAACGAAAGGACAUCACAAGACCAAAUAAAUAUCCAGGAUAAAGGGAACAAUGUAAAAAUAAUUGGAAAAAGUGAAUCUUUUAAGGAAGUCAUUAAAAAUAUUAAUUGGAUAUCCUUUACAAAAAAUCAAAUUGAAACGAAUACCUGUCCCACAGAAAAUUUACAAGAUAAUCAUUGGCAGGAUCAGAAUGAAAAUGAAGCCGUAAAAUUUGAUGAUACGUUGCAUUGGUUGAUGAGGAUCAUCUAUUUUACGAAUCAAGACGAAACUAGAACAUUGAAGUCCUUGGACUAUAAUAGAAAAUUUGUUGAUCUUGAGAUAAUGAUUAAGGAUUUGAAGGAAUGGAAUUUUGUCGGUGUCCCAAGUGAAUUUGUCAGUCAGCCUUCUGUAGAAAUCGAUUUGUCACUUGAUGACUCUGCCAUACCUUGCGGAUUUAAAUUGUCCCAGUUAAAUAUUCCGGAUGAAGAACCCUGUACGAGCGCAGGAAUUCCACUUGAGAAUUCCUCAGAAAUUCAAUCUCAUGCCAAGCCAAACAUUGAGAAAAAUUGUUUAAACGUUCAUGACAAUCCAAUGGAUUUUAAUGAUACCAAAAAAAUACGUAACAGUAUAUACCUUCGGCAACAUUUCUUUCUUUAUGAGUCCUUGUUAAAAAAUGCUACAUUUCCAAGCAAAAAUAAUCUUGAGGAUAUUCAGAAAUCGUCAAACGCAGAAUCGCUCUCAAAAAUAUCCUCCAGUCACUCGUACAGCCUUGACUCAAAAAUACCAUCUGACAGUUCUAAUCAAACGAUCUCAUUAGGUGAUCAAAGCAUAAUGGAAGAAUUUUCAAGUGACUCUUUCGACAGGCAAGGUACAACAGAAACAUGACAAAGUAAUAAGAAUAAAUAAAAUUGUCCAAU